CAUCUAUUGAAUCACUCAGCUGAUCAACUUGGAAUGAACAUGGGCGGCAACAAAGUAUUCCAAUUGUGUUCCUCGGGAAGAAGUCCCUGGUAUCGUGCGGAUGGUUCUACUACUGAGAGUUAUGUUAUUGGUAUUGCAGGUGGUAGUGGUAGUGGAAAAACGAGUGUCGCCGAGCGAAUUCUCAAGAAUUUGAAUGUCCCUUGGGUGGUCAUUCUCUCUAUGGAUUCAUUCUACAAUGUCUUGACGCCCGAGCAAAGUGCCUUGGCACAUCAAUGUAAUUUCAAUUUUGAUGUUCCCUCUGCUUUCGAUUAUGAUCUGUUGUUUGAUUGUCUUCAGAAACUGAAGCAAGGCAAAUCCGUCAAUGUGCCCAUUUACAAUUUUUCAACGCAUGCAAGAGAGGAAAAGUGUACCACCAUUUAUGGUGCUAAUGUCAUCAUUUUUGAGGGUAUAUUCGCUUUAUACGAUAAGAAAGUGAGAGAUCUCAUGGAUUUAAAGAUUUUCGUCGAUACCGAUGGUGACAUUCGACUGGCAAGACGAUUGCAGCGCGAUGUUGCCGAACGUGGCCGAGAUAUUCCUGGUGCCCUGAGCCAAUAUACACGAUUUGUCAAACCAGCAUUUGAUGAAUUCAUCGAACCGACCGUGAAAUACGCUGAUGUGAUUAUUCCAAGAGGUCUUGAAAAUGCUGUGGCCAUUGAUCUUAUCACCAAGCAUGUGCAACGUCAAUUGCACGAGAAAACCACUCAACUUCGAUGGGAUCUUGUCAAAACAUCCGUGGGAGAAACUUUACCACGUGAGGUGGUCGUCUUGCCUGCCACCAAUCAGAUCAGGGGCAUUCACACUAUCCUCCGAGAUAAGAAUACACCACGCGAUGAGUUUGUGUUCUACGCAGAACGCCUGUCCACUCUUAUUGCGGAAACAGGCUUGAGCCAACUUCCUCACGACAAGACUACAGUCACAACCCCUGUGGGUGAAACCUACGAAGGGUUAAAGUUCAAUAGCGAGAUUUGUGGUGUUUCCAUUCUUCGAGCGGGCGGUACAAUGGAAGCUGGUCUUCGAAGAGUUUGCAGUGAUGUGACGAUUGGAAAGUUAUUGAUUCAAACCAAUCCUAAUACCGGUGAACCCGAGCUACACUAUUGUAAACUUCCUUCCAACGUUCAUAAACUCCACGUACUUCUCAUGGACGCAACCAUUGGAACCGGUGCGGCUGGCCUGAUGGCUUUGCGUGUAUUGUUGGACCACGAUGUGCCAGAGGAAAACAUUACCUUUUUAACAUACCUUGCAGCUCCAGUGGGCUUGAACGUUAUCGCCAAAGCUUUUCCACGAGUAAAGAUCGUGACUUCCAUGGUCGAUCCUGUUUUGUCUCGAGAAACUUUGUGGAUCGAACCUGGUAUUGGUAAUUUCGGAGACCGAUACUUUGGAACGGAGUAAUGGCGACUGUAUUCCAAAUCAUCGAAAGAGCAUUAUGAAAGACUUUUUCCCCCUUGGAUUCUCCUUCAUGUUAUGCAUCAUAAUUCAAAAAACAUUCAAUAUAUUGCAUUCUUCAUUCAAUUUCGCAGAAAAUGCAUCGGAGAUGAUGCUUCACUCGAAAAGCGCUACUUCCUGAGUGAAAAAGAUACUCGGGUUCCAAAAAAAAGGCUAAUAAAAAGUCAUCUGAACGUUCGUUUUGAGCAUAUUUAGCGACAACAAGUAGUAACUGAUCGAUGUACCAUUUCCG